AUGGGAUCGACCGCACCGGAAUAUUUUCGUCAGUUAUGCCAUCAAGUCGAAGAAAAAGAAAAACAAAAAUUGCAAAAAUUAAAGGAAGAAGAAGUUGAAAGUCACAGGCAUUUUGAAACGUGGCAAGGAUUUUGGGGGAGGCCCGGACACGGAGCACCGAAAGCUUUGAGCCAAAGGGAAAAAUUAGAAUUAUUAUUAUAUCGGGUACCCUCGAGACGACUCGUAUCCACUCAACCCCCCAAAAUUCAAUAG